UCAUCAAGAAACUCACUGCUGCGCCUCCACGCACAAACCAUGGCAAAGGAGAUAAGGGACAUCUUUGGGAAUAGCACGAUUUUCCGUGGGCUUCUACCUUUCAUCGGCUUUGUGUUUUGCGUGGUUACUGGUGUGUGGGCCAACAAGGUGCUGGUUUCUGAACAUGUGACUGCUGUACUGGGGAAAAAUGUCACUUUGAAAUGUAGUGUGGAGGUGAGCACCGACCUCAGCCUGACGCAGAGUUCCUGGGAACGCAGACUACCCUCUGGCACCGUCACUCUGGCCGUCUUCAACCCCCAGUACGGGACCUCCAUAGCUGAGGAGUACAGCAACCGUGUCCACUUCAUCAAACCUUCAGUGCGUGAUGUAUCCAUUGUCCUGGAGGGUGUGGGUUUUGCCGACAUUGGGACGUAUACUUGCAAAGUGGUCACCUUCCAACUUGGAAACAUGCAGGCCUCCACGACUGUGGACAUUAUGGUGGAGCCCAAAGUCUACGUGUCUCCUGGGUCUUUGUCUCUGCUGGUUGGAGAUGGUGAAACUCUAGUUGCCACGUGCACGGCUGAAAGGGGUCGCCCAGCGGCGGAGGUCUUUUGGUUAUCGGACGUGGAUGGCCAGACGGAUGCCACGACGCACCAGGAGACCGAUGGCACCAUCACCAAUUCAGCGCAUUUCAUCUGGGCUCCCACCCGUGAGGCGUAUGGCCACGCCCUCACCUGCGUCGUCCGUCAUCCGGCCCUAUCCACGGAAUACCGCAUUCCUUAUCAGCUCAACGUACAGUUUCCUCCAGAGGUUUCGGUGGAGGGUCUGCAAGAGGUGUGGUAUGUGGGACAAGAAAAUGUUAAGCUGGACUGUAGAGCCACAGCCAACCCAUCUGCUCAUCUUUUCCUCUGGACAAGGUUAGACGCCUCAAUGCCUGUAGGUGUGGAAACAUCCAAUGGCAGCUUAAUGUUUACUCGCCCUUUAGAGCAGAAUGACUCUGGACAAUACAGGUGUGAAGUCUGGAACGACAUUGGGCAGAGCCUUCAGGAUGUUCGCAUCUUAAUACUCGAUCCACCACCUACCACUGCGGUCCCCACCACCACCCAGUCCAACUUGCCUGGCAACAGGUUAACCAUCACAGCUCCUAUCAAACACCAAGCCCAUAUCACCUUCCCGACCGAUGCUUCCACACCCGGCAGCAGCCUGGGCACAAUUGUUGGAGGCGCAGUUGGCGGGAUCCUGAUCUUGGUUUUGCUAAUGGCGUUGGCGGGAGUCGUCUACAUGCGACAACGGCGGACGUUCCGUGGCGACUACUAUACCAAGCAGUACAUAGGCCCGUCUGACAUGCAGAAAGAGUCACAGCUCGACGUGCUUCAACCGCAUGAGCUCCGGGACGUUUACGGGGACGACUCGGGCAACGGCAGUCAAGAUUUGAAGCCCAAACCUGACGGAGACAUUAUUUAUCCCGAUUACGGCAGUGACCACAAAGACGUGGAAGGCUGGAGCGACAAUCUUAGCCUUCAGAGAGAGGGAACGUAUUACUCGGACCAUCACAACCAUCACAACGUGAACCCCAGCGGGCCGCCUUUGCACAACGGCUCCCCCUACCUGCAGGACGAGUGCUUCGACAACGGCACGGACAGCGAUUACGUAUCGCACGUAGAUGGCUCUGUCAUUUCGCGCAGGGAAUGGUACGUUUGAAACAAUGGAGUCGAAGGAACUUUACUGGACAAUAACUAAUUUAAAAUCAACGGAGGAGGUAUAUUUAACUCUGCAGUGUGGGAUAAAAUGUACAUUAUAAAUGAAAAUGUAUUCCGCUCCAAGCUGUUUUUUUAUUUCAUUCUCGCGUUUUAUAUGUGUUUCAAAUUAUUUUGUCAAGUGUACUUCUGUCAUGGUUUAUGAUCACAGGGUGGACCUGCACAAAGAAAACAAGUCUGCUAAAAUUAAGCAACACUCCUUGCAUAACCGGUCCAGUUACCGCAUCCUCUCUCGCUGUUUUUUUCACGUUUGCAGUAACUGUGUGACUUCCCUAGCAAUCGGAGCAAUGGAUCACUUAAGCUUCAUAUCGAUUUUGAUAUGAAUUUGAAAAACAUAGUUAUAAAGUUAUGUUUUAACUGCAGGGAGUCUUUUUUGUUGCAUAAAAUAUAUACAAUGCAAAAAAAGAUGUCUUAAUCUGUAUUUUUGACACAUUUUUUUUUAGUAGAAAUAUUGAAGGGUUUGGAAACGUAGAUACAAAUUUAAAAAAAUUUACUUAAGAAGCAAAUUAUAAGCAUAAAUGAAGACUUGUAAGAAAUAUUAUAAAGUACACUGAAAAAAUAUAUUCAUUAAAUUUACAAUUUAAUUUUUUUAAGUUAAGUGGUUGCAAUUAAUUUAUUUAAGCUACAUUUAAACAAAAAAAUAAGAAAAAAAAUAAAAAUAAAAUAAAACAUUUGCUUAAAAUGUAGCUUAAAUAAAUUGAUUGUGACCACUUACCUUAAAAAAAGAGUAAAGAAUAUUUUUUAGUGUAGGUUUAUUAUCUUAGUUUUUCUCUUACCCAAUUUUGUUUCUCUGCUAAAUUAAUUUUGUUUAAAAAUACAAGGUCAAGAACAUGAUUUUUUUGUAUGUGAUUACUAGAAAUACAGCAGGUUUCACUCUAUGGAUUAUUUUUAACCCAGCUGUUCUAUAUUGUGACGCAUUUCAGCACACACCCCUCUUAUAGUAAUCUGCUUUUCACCAGUCUAAGUUAAAGAGCAAUCAGACUUUUUUUUAAAGAGCAGUUUAAUGUGGCUGUAUUGAAGACCUGUCAUGGGGUGAGGGGGCCGUGACAGAUCAAAAGGACCACGGUCUGCCCCGAGGUUUCACCGAAGCCUUGCGGCGUUUGCCAAUUUAGUGCACUCCUUUUAAUUUUACGCUGAUUUCUUAUUUCACUCCAUCUCUCCACCCUUUCUACUCCCAUCCCAGGGCAGAACGAUCCGACUAUCCCAAAAUAAACUGUCUGGCACGCAUCUGCUAUGUGGAUUUCCACUAACAUGCCUCACCUCAAAGAUCGAACUUUUUAAUUAUUUUUUUCAAGAUUUAUUGGAUCUCAGAGAAGUCCAGAGCAUCUGCCUGAUAUAGGUCUUGACAAUUGUUUUUCCACUGUAGGUUUCAGUGCCUGCUGGAAAAGAUGUGGCAGUCACCAUUGCUUUGAUUUAUAAAUAAGUUGCACUGUUUUUACAGUUGUGUUCAGUUUAUAUUUUAAGUAAAAAUCGGUUGAUUUGAUUUGGUCACCUUUAAAUUAUUUGGGGCAAUAAUAACACUUACCAGAAAUGUAGUCUUAUUUCAAGCUUAUAUCUGUGAGACAUUAAUUUAACAUUUUAAUUAUCAUCAUUUGUUUUCUGUAUGUUCACCACACAUAAUGGAGCUACAGAAAUGGACUCAAAGUUGCUUAUACUAGUUCUUCCUUGCUUAUUUUUUUAUAAAGUAUAUAUUUGCAAGCAUAGUGCCUUUGGCAGUACAAAAAACAUAAGAUGUUUAGUCUGUCAUUAUUGUUUGUCAUUUUUGUUUCCGAAAGUUGUUUCUGAACGAUUCCUUCCAAACUUUAUUUUCUGAAAGAUAAAACUUCUUGGAAGUUCAAAAGCACCUGAAAUGGUGAAAUCUCACUGGAAUUUUAAAACAGUAUAACGCUUUCAAGUGUUACGUUGGCCAGUUGCAGUACAUAUUAUUUUUUUGUAAAUAUUCUGGUAUGAGAAACAUAUUUUUAUAUGAGGCCGGAAAACAUUAAGAUGUUCACACUUUGUUCAAAUGCGUUUUCUUCUCAUGUUCUUUUUUAUAUUUAGUUCUCAGGUGUUUGAAAGAUUAUUUUGUACAUAUUAGAGUUAUACUGAUUACUUAUUUUGAAAAUGAGAAACAGACAUGGCUUUGUUUUUGAUGCUUUCUGUUUAUAAUAAAAAAGUUUUCUUCAAGCAUG